UUUAUGGAAAGAUAAAUUAACAAUGAAUAUAAGUUAUACAAUUGUUGAAUGUACUUGUUUUUAAACAAGUGUUUUUAUUAUUUUUGUCAUGGAUAUCGUGUAGAUAUACUACAAACUGCAAAUACCGAGCUUCUGGAUAAUUCAACUUUAUUAGUGUAUUUUUAAAAGUGUUAUUUUAACACUAUUUGUUGAUUAAAUAAUGCAGCGACUACCCGAAUUACUUGUACCAGCUAAGUCAGUCGAUAUUGCUACUUAUCACUCGACAUUUUAUUCUCCACCUCCCACCGAAGCCUCGAGAUCAGGCUACGAUUCGAGUAGUGGAGAUGAAUCUGAAAAUGAUUACCAAAUCGCUUCUUACUCAAAUUCACAUUCUGUAAAUCCGACAUCUUCGUCGACGACAUCGACGACAACGAGUACAAGUAAUGCGCAAGGAAAACAUAUUAACAAAGGUCGUUGGACCAAAGAAGAGGAUGCCUUACUAAAACAGUUAGUAAGCAAUUCAGAAAAACUGGGCAAAGGUAUCAGAUGGGAUGAUAUUGCUUCACAUUUCCAAGAGAGGAGUGACGUUCAAUGCCAGCAACGUUGGGCUAAAGUUGUUAAUCCAGAGCUCGUUAAAGGCCCAUGGACUAAAGAGGAGGACGAGAAAGUUGUGGAACUUGUGGAACGUUAUGGCCCGAAAAAAUGGACACUUAUUGCAAGACAUCUGAAAGGUAGAAUAGGGAAGCAAUGCAGAGAAAGAUGGCACAACCAUUUAAAUCCAGGUAUCAAGAAGACAGCAUGGACUGAUGCUGAAGAUAAAAUAAUUGUUGAAGCACACCGGCGUGUUGGUAAUCAGUGGGCCAAAAUAGCUAAACUAUUACCUGGUCGAACUGACAAUGCUAUUAAAAAUCACUGGAAUAGUACAAUGCGACGAAAGUAUGAGGCAGAGGAAGGAAAAGUUACUGGAACAAGAGGUCGUGGCAGAAGAAAAACAAUAGAAAAUUCUCUGAACAUUAAAAAGGAACCACGAGUUAUGCAUGAUGAAUCAUCGUGUCCGGAUAAUUUAUUCAAAGACGAAAAUAGCCGGACGGCGACAAUAACAUCUCAAAGCCUCGAUAUGAGUUCACUAGAUUGGUCUAGUGGUUGGGGACAACAAACACAUCAUUCACAAGUGCAACAACAAUCCCAUCAACCGACACUUUAUCAUCAGAAUGUAAUAUCUAUUGAGGAUUCAUCUCAAUUAAGGCUAGAAGCAAGAAUGAAACGCGAACCCUCACCCUUUUCAAAGUAUUUCAAUUUAGAAAUGGGUACAGAGGCAAGUGGCUCUGGAACAUCAGACAUACGUUUAGUACCUAUGCCUGAUUUUGAAGAUGAAGAUGACCGUAAAACAAGUCCUCCGCAUAUUUUACGGCGACGUCGUCAACCGCAAUACAGUACGGUGCGUAUUGAAACGAUAAAUGACAGUGGAAAUCAAUCGGUUGAUUAUUUAUUAAAUCAACAAUCAUCAUUGCAAGUUAAUACUGCUCCAUCGACGCCUAUUAAACAGCUUCCGUUCAGUCCUUCGCAGUUUCUUAACAGCUUGGCUAGUCCAGAAACUUCUUGGCCACGUGCUAGUACUCCUAAAGGCAGUCCUGGUACACUUACAACACCACAGCCUUCAGGCUUACGCAGAAAUCAAGGAGAUGGAAACACACCACGUACUCCAACACCUUUCAAAGACGCUCUUGCUGAAAUUGAACGACGAAGUGGAGCUAAUACUCAGUUACCGGCAACGCCUAGUCGUCUUGAUGCAUUGACAGAAAUAAUACGCCAGGAAACAGAUCGUGAAAGUCUGGCCAGUAGCAGCAUGCUUCAAGACUCUGGCUAUGGUACUGGUCGACGACGUGGAAAAGAAAACAGCGCACCCGGUGGAAAACGUGCACGUAAAGCUUUGUGUCAAGCUUGGGCUAGUAGCACGCAAGACCACUCGGAUAUGAAUUUUGCUGUCGAGACGCCGAGCAAGAGCUUAGAUACAUCAGUUUUAUUUUCACCAGCGUCAAUGGCCCUAGAAGACAGCUUUUUAGCGGCAGGACCGAGUCCGUUGAAGACUCCCCAAGACUUAAUCCAGAGGAAGUCCACCGCCAAGAGGGCUAUCACAUUUGACGUUUAUGACAAUCCAAGUAUCAGUCCAUUGCUUCUCAGACCUCAUAAACGCCCAAAGUUACAAUUGGAAGCACAGUGGACAAUGGUUGCAUGUGGACGAACUAACGAUCAGAUAGAGAUGACACGUGCUGCACGCCAAUUCCUUGAUUCUCAUGGAUUGCCAGCUUUACGUCCGCGAUCAUUAAAUUUUUAAUAAAAAAAUUAUAAUAUAUAUUGAAACUAGUCUGAGUAAACAACACGGAAUAAACGUGUUGGCUCUUUUAAACUUUGGGGUCUACAAGCGUCACUUAUGGCUGCUUUUCUGUUGUUUUUUAUAGUACAGAUAAGGAAUAAUUAAAUAAAAAUUAAUUCAAAUAGAGAA